AUGUUACCAAGUGAUACAGUUCAGAAUCUGCAGAAUGAUGGCUUAUAUAUGGAAAUUACCAUUAGGAGUGGUAAGAUAUUACCUGGCCCUUUUGUGGGAAAAUCUAUAGAUAGUGAGGUAGUUGUUGAUAAAUUCGAAGAAAGUAAUCCAGUAGAGUCUGAGAAGCUGGAUAGUUCUAUUAAUGCUUUAGAGAAUGAAAGAGAGAAAGAAGAGGAAGUAGUUUUGAAAACUGCUCUUAAGCAAAUGCCAGGCUACGCAAAAUUCAUGAAGGACCUUAUGACUAUGAAAAGAGUUGUGAUCUAUGAAUUGGAGGAAAUUCUCCACCAUUGUAAUGUUAUUUCUACAAGGACCUUGGCGCAGAAGAAGCCAGAACCGGGCACAUUCACUAUUCCCUGUACAAUUGGGACUAUGGAAUUUGCCAAGGCAUUAUGUGAUUUGGGAGAAAAUGUUAAUUUGAUGUCACUGACUAUUUAUAGAAAGUUGGGUCUGGGAAAUCGCACACCUACCAACAUGCGACUCGUGAUGGUGGAUAGGUUAGUAAAGCGACUUGUUAGCAUUCUGUAUGAUGUGUUGGUAAAAGUGUCCAACUUUAUAUUCCCUGCAUACUUCAUCAUUUUAGAGUGCGAGGUAGACUUCGAGGUGCCCAUAAUUUUGGGUCGACCGUUUCUCGCAACUAGAAGUUUGUUGAUUGAUUUGAGAGCAAAUGAGCUCUUAUUCAGGAUAAAUGAUAAAGUGGUCCGGUUUGACAUGGGAAAGUCAAUAAAGCAACAUGAAGAAGUGAGUGUGCUCUUUGUAGUUGAUGUGUAUUAUGAGGACGAAUAG